AUGACUGACGUUGAAGGUCUUGACUCUGUUGACUCCUUCGCCAACAGAACAACUUCUCAAGUUUGUGAAGACAUCAAAUCUAUGCAAAGAGCUCCAGAUCCCAACAAUGCAAAUGCAACUAUCGGAGUCACCGCUCGCGAAUCGAUGACAAUUCAUUGUAUCUCCAAAUAUGGGAAGCUCCUCAUUUUGGUCCAAAGAACCCACACUCCAGCUCUUGGAACCAUCCCAAACCUUCUUUUUAUUGGUCAAUUCUAUGAUGAAAAUCCGGAUCUCAUGGAAGGGGACUCCUACCCACUUCCUCCUCAUCCUCCAAAGUUCAACAAUCGCGAUGGCCGAAUCAUGAUGGAAAACAUUGAGAGUUGGGCUCGUACUGCCUAUGGAUAUCGUGGAAUUUGCCUUGAUUACGUUUUCCGUGAGAAUUCUGAACUUCCAGUUGCUGGUGACCCUGGAUUCCUUUGA